CCAGGGUCACAGCUGCCUGUGGCUGAACCCGUUAUGUCCCUCCCCUCUACGUCUCUCUCUGCCCGCUGAAACUGUGUCCACGAGUUCACUUAACAAACCCACCGCCAUUCAGCGUACAAUUGCUUCGUAGCUACAGCUUUUAUAUACGAUCUUUUGAGUUUUGGAGUACGCUGGAGUGGUAUAUGGCUUGCGGCGCGACAGAUUGCUCUGGAAAGGACGAUCGCUAACGGGAAGGCUGCGACGAGGCUAUCGCGACCUCAGGGUCCAGGGCGCUCGCUGCUGCGAGGGGUACCGGCUGUGGAGAGGGAUUGAGCGACGCAGAGGGCCUAAGGUGGUUCUGAAGCUCGGAUCUGGCUCAAUCGACAACACAGCGGCGACAUGGCGAGUCGCAAGCAGGAGCCUAAUGAGGGCGUGCCGACGGGUGGGGGCGGUAAUGGCGCUGGGGCGCCACAGACACAACCUACACAGGGAAGUGGUGAGGGAGCUGGGAGUGAGAGGAGGGAGCAAGGAGGAGGCCACGGGGGUAAUGAGAUACCGGAAUCGCUACGAGCUGGGCCGCAGGGAGGACCAGGGUCAACGAACCCGUUUGCGAGAGCUCAGAAUACGGGGAAUCCGCCAGCUUCGGGGCCGACGGCGGAGGUAAAUCCGUGGGCUGGUGAGGAGGGGAAGGGUGGGCCUGGCUCCAGUGCGCCAGGCGCCAAUGUGCCGAAAGCCAAUGCGCCAGAUGCCAGUGGUCCUUUGGCACCCAGCCAACGUCAAGAUCCCAAUGUGACUGAUCAAUUCCAAAACCUCAACAUUGCGGACCAGGAUACGAAUCCUUGGGAAGGCCCAGUUGAGCAAAAGUCGAUUGCGGAAGAAAAAUCGCAUCCAAAUGCGCAACCAGUACCACCGUCAUUUGGCAAGGAAGAUUCUGGCAAUGAUGCCUGGUCGUCGGCGCCACCGCCGGCAAGGACACCUCCACCCGUCAAAGUGGAUGAAACAAACGAGUCCUCGAACUGGGAUGAUGACCAGGAGGAUUUGUUCCCCGCUCCAACUGGUGAGCGGGUGGUGACGGAGGAAGCUCCAGGGGAAUCAUCUAGGCGGGAAGUUGCACUUGCCCCUGCCGUGCCACAAAAAGAGCCGGUGCGCGAGGAUGGCGGAUCGGAGCCUACGGGAGCAGGGGAGCAGCAGAGUGGCGUUAUUGAUGCUGCAGGACAAGAGACCUCGUCACAGAGACCCAUUCCUCCUCGGCCGCCGAACCUGCCACCGCGAAAUAUUGAAGGUUCCGAAGAGGCAACAACGAGCCACGAUGAAAACAGUGGAGGCGAAGCCAAUGCACCCUCGUCGCGCCAAGACCCCGGGGAUAGUGAGGAAAAGAGCAAGGGGACAUACGCGAUCAGGAAUAUCACCUGGUUGGAUAGAAGAGCGGCGAGGAACCCGCGAGUUACACCGGUACUAAUGCAGAAUGCGAAUGGACCGUGCCCACUGUUAGCUCUCGUGAAUGCAAUUACGAUAUCUACGCCCCCAGGUCAGGCUUCAUCGUUGAUUCAGACGCUCCAGACGCGGGAGCAGAUUAGCCUCGAGCUGCUGCUCAAUGCCAUUAUUGAUAAUCUUAUGGCAGGACUACGUGGGGAUGGAACAGAAGAGCUUCCUGAUCUAGGAGAUCUUUAUACUUUCCUCAUUACCCUUCAUACCGGGAUGAACGUUAACCCCCGUUUCUUCGCGCUAGGCGCCACAAACUUGGCGAACGACCCAAGACGCUCAAUGUCCCACAUACAUCCCUCGGAGCGCGAAGAUCUGAUUCCGGGAACCUUUGAGCAGACGCGCGAGAUAAUGCUAUACGGUACUUUCCUGAUCCCGCUCAUGCACGGCUGGCUGCCUGAGCGCGGAUCUGAUGCUGAGGCAGCUCUCGCACGCUCGGCGCGCACGUACGAGGACGCACAGAAUAUCAUGUUCCGCGAGGAAGAGCUGGAGAUGAAGUUCAUUGGCGACGGCCUUACUUUGGAGGAGCAAACGACACUCGACGACAUUAUGACUAUAAAAUCCUUCUUAUCCUCCUCCGGUACGCAACUCACAAAAUCCGGGCUAGAGAUUAUUCGCAGGGCGCUCGCACCUGGGUCUGUUGCUAUCCUAUUCCGAAAUGAUCACUUUAGCACGUUGUAUAAGAACCCCCAGAAUGAUGAGCUAAUGCACCUCGUUACGGAUAUGGGGUUGGCUGGCCAUGAUGAGAUUGUGUGGGAGUCGCUGCCUGACAUCAAUGGGGAGAACUGCGCGUUUUACUCUGGAGAUUUCAGACCUGUUGGUGGUGACACAGACUCGCGACAGGCAGCAAGCGAUUGGGAUAGCCGCAUCGAGAGCUCAGAACCUUCGACCGAUUCCAGUGGGGCUCCAUUUGGUAGACAUCAGCGCGUGGCAUCCUCCUCAGUCGAACAAGAGGACCACGACCUCGCACUAGCGAUCCAACUACAAGAAGAAGAAAACGAGCGCCACGAAGAAGAGGUAGCCCGUAGGAGACGACAGAGCGGGAGCACCCAGCAGCAGCAGGGUGCAUCAUCCCAGGCCCGCAACACUAGCAGCAACGACAUCCCCGUCACACGUUCUGAUGGCGCUAGCAGCAGCGGACCGCGUGGUGGAAACGCUGGCGGUUCAUCACUACCCCAAGCCCCGGCCGAAUUUCCGCUUGAAUCUCCGCCCCUGCAGACUUCCAACCCACCUUUAUCGCCCGACGAAAUAUUGCCGAGCUAUGAUAUCGCGGCGAGGCAACCGGCGUUUAAUCCGCCUCCUCAACAUCCCUCGCAUCCUAAUAUCAGUCCGGAGGUUGGACGGAGGCUGCGAGACCUGCCGGCGGCUGAGAGACAGGCGGAGAGGAUGAGGUUGGCGCGGGCACAGGUACCGGCUCCGAGGAUGGCACCGGCUCAACCUGUUGGGGGGAGGGGUAAUCGAAGGCAGAAUCAGGAUGGGCGGGGGAGAGGGAAGGACAAGGAGUGUGUUGUUAUGUGAAGGAGGGUAGUUGACGCGGGCGGUUGAAAUGAUGCCAGAGAAGGUGGUGAACAAAGUAGUGACGAGGAUAUGAAAAUGGGAAACGCGGCGUUAAGCUUCUGGAGAGGCAUGGUUAUUCGAGCUUUUGUUGUUUUUGGCGAGUAAGCGGUAAUAAAGGACGCUUCUUUCGUUUGGGAGGAUGAUUGAAUAUGCAUAAUGGGGGGUAGAUUAAGUAGGAGUAUAAAUUAAUUCGUACUCGACUCAC